AUGUAUCUUGGUCCACCCAGCCUCGAGGAGGUCCAAGUGGACACUCCUCCAUCUUCUGCUGCAGCUCCUUCUCUGCCACCUGCUGCAGCAGCCCUGACCCCAUCUCCUGCAGCUCCGGACCCUGUCCCUGCAGCUCUGCUCCCCGUUCCUCCAGCUGCAGCCCCAGCUCUGGCCCCAUCUCCACCGCCUGCAGUCUCGUCUCUGGUCCCCGUUUCUCCAGCUACAGCCCUGUCUCUGGUCCCCGUUCCUCCAGCUGCAGUCCCAGCUCUGGCCCCAUCUCCACGGGCUGCAGUCCCGUCUCUGGUCCCUGGCUCUCCAGCUUCAGUCCCGUCUCUGGUCCCUGGCUCUCCAGCUGCAGUCCCGUCUCUGGUCCCUGGUUCCCCAGCUGCAGUCCCGUCUCUGGUCCCUGUUCCUGGUUCUCUAGAUUUAGUCCUGGUCCCUGACUCACCUGCUGCAGCUCUGGUCUCUGGUUCUCCUGCUGCAGCAGCCCUGACCUCAUCUCCUUCAGCUGCAGCUCCGGACCCUGUCCCUGCAGCUCUGAUCCCCACUUCUGCAAAUAUUUCCAACUCUCCAGCUGCAAAUCUGGUUCUCGACUCUCCUGCUACAGUCUUGGUUCCAGUUCCUGACUCUUCAGCUGCAGCCCUGACUCCUGGAUCUACAGCUGCAGUCCAGUCUCCUGACUCUCCUAUUUCAGUUCUCGUUCCUGCUCCGCCCAAGAUCUUUGUUCCUGGUCUGCCCGAGAUCCUUGUUCCUGGCUCGUCAACUGAGGUCUUCGCUCCUGGAUUGACCGCAGAAGAUCCCGGCUUGCCUGAGGUCUUCGUUCCCGGCCCACCUGAGAUCCUUGCUCCCGUCUUGACCGCAGAAGAUCCCGGCCCACCUGAGGCCCCCAGCUCAUCUGAGGUCCUCACUCCUGACUCUUCGGCUGAGGUUCUCGCUCCUGGCUCUUCUGCUGCGAUCCACUCUACCGCAGAAGAUCCUGGCUCGUCUCCGGAGGUCCUCGCUCCUGGCUCAUCUCCGGAGGUCCUCGCCCCUGGCUCGUCUCCGGAGGUCCUUGUUCCUGGCUCGUCUCCGGAGGUCCUCGCUCCUGAGUCUACCGCAGAAGAUUUUUGGUCUGCAGAGAGCUCUGGGUCCUUGCCUUGCGGCGCACAUGGUCAGUCUUUCGACGUCUUCGCCCCUGGCUCGCCCUCCAAGGUCUUCGCCCGUGGUCCGUCGGCUGAGGUGGAUGGUUUCCUAGCCGCCCACCAGAACUCUGACCUGGGGAUGGAUGGUUGCCAGGUCGCCCUCCUGAUCUCCUGCCUUAUCAAGUACGGUCACCUGGUCGCCCUCCUGAGUCUGACCCUUGGUUCCCCAGCUGCAGCCCCGGUCCCUGGUUCUCCUACUAUAGUCCCGGUCCCUGGUCCACCUGCUGCAGCCCUGGCUCCACCACCAGCUGCAGCCAUGGCUCUGUUUCCUCCUGCUGCAGCCCUGCCCUUGGGUUCUCCAGCUGCAGCCCCAUCUCUGGUCCCUGUUCCUGGCUCUUUAGCUACAGCCCUGGUCCCUGGUCCACCUGCUGCAGCCCUGACUCUGCCACCACCUGCUGCAGAUCUGGUCCCCGGCUCUUCUCCUGAGACCCCCAUCUCAUCUGAGGUCUUCUCUCCUGGCUCUUCUGCUGAGAUCCACUUUACCGCAGAAGAUCCUGGCUCUUCGGCUGAGGUCCUCUCACCCAGCUCUUCUGCUGAGAUCCACUCUACCGCAGAAGAUCCUUGCUCUUCGACUGAGGUCCUCGCUCCCGGCUCUUCUGCUGAGGUCCUCUCUCCCAGCUCUUCUGCUGAGAUCCACUCUGCCGCAGAAGAUCCUGGCUCUUUGGCUGAGGUUCUCUCUCCUGUCUUUUCGGCUGAGGUCCUCUCUCCCAGCUCUUUGGCUGAGGUCCUCUCUCCCGGCUCUUCGGCUGAGGUCCUCUCUCCUGCUGAGAUCCUUGCUCCUGGCUCGUCUCUGGAGGUCCUCGCUCCCAGCUCGUCUCUGGAGGUCCUCGCUCCCAGCUCAUCUCUGGAGGUCCUCGCUCCCGGCUCGUCUCUGGAGGUCCUCACUCCUGGCUCGUCUCUGGAGGUCCUUGCUCCCAGCUCAUCUCUUGAGGUCCUCGCUCCCGGCUCGUCUCUGGAGGUCCUCACUCCUGGCUCGUCUCUGGAGGUCCUCACUCCCAGCUCACCUUUGGAGGUCUUCGCCCAUGGUCCAAUGCCUGAGGUCUUCAUCUGCCCAAGUUCAGGAGGGAUCAGAGGCAUACCACUGCUGCCCACGGGUGGACGUUUCCUAGCCGCCCACCAGAACUCUGGCCCGGGGAUGUAUGGUUUCCAGGCCGCCCUCCUGAUCUCCUGCCUCAUUGGGAAUGACCCCUCGCCGGACUCGCCGCCUGCAGACCCCUCGUCGGACUCGCCACCUGCAGACUCCUUGCUGGACUUGCCGCCUGCAGACUCCGGCUCUGACCCCGCAGCAGCAGAACCCAGCUCUGACCCCACAGCUGCAGAACCCGGCUUUGACCCUGCAGCUGCAGAACCCGGCUCUGACCCCGCAGCUGUAGAACACAGCUCUGACCCUGCAGCUGCAGAACCCGGCUCUGACCCCGCAGUUGCAGAACCCGGCUCUGACCCCGCAGCUGCAGAAUCCGGCUGUGACUCAUCGUCUGCAGAACCCGGCUGCGACUCAUCGACUGCAGAACCCGCCUUCGUCUUAUCGACUGCAGAACCCGCCUUCGUCUCAUCGGCUGCAGAACGCGCCUUCAUCUCAUCGGCUGUAGAACCUGCCUUCGUCUCAUCGGCUGCAGAACCCGCCUUCGACUCAUCGGCUGCAGAACCCGCCUUCGUCUCAUCGACUGCAGAACCCGCCUUCAUCUUAUCGACUGCAGAACCCGCCUUCGUCUCAUCGGCUGCAGAACCCGCCUUCGUCCCAUUGGCUGCAGAACCCACCUUUGACUCAUCGGCUGUAGAACCCGCAUUCGACUCAUUGGCUGCAGAACCCGGCUUGGACUCAUUGACUGCAGAACCCGCAUUCGACUCUUCAUCUGCAGAACCCGCCUUCGACUCUUCGGCUGCAGAACCCGCCUUCGACUCAUCGGCUACAGAACCCGCCUUCGACUCUUCGUCUGUAGAACCCGCCUUCGACUCUUCGGCUGCAGAGCCCGUCUCUGACCCAUCACUGCAGAGCCCGUCUCUGACCCAUCGCCUGCAGAGCACGUCUCUGAUCCAUCGCCUGCAGAGCCUGUCUCUGACCUCACGGCUGCUGAACCCUCGUCCGACCUCCCGGCUGCUGAACCCAGGUCUGGUCCAGCAGCUUCUGAACCCCGUCCUGACCCAACAGCUGCUGAACCCUGUCCUGACCCAACAGCUGCCAACGUCCCAUCUGCCCCAGCAGCAGCCAGCACCACCAUCUCUGGCCCAGCAGCAGCCAGCACCACCAUCUCUGGCCCCAUUCCAUCCUUCCCCGAACUCUGGUCCCGCUCUGGACGGUCCCUGGGCCGUCCGCCCGAACUCUGGUCCUGCUCUGGACGGUCCCCGGGCUGGGACGUCAAGAGCCGUCCCUUGA